GUCAGAGCCAAGGGGCCAGGAAGAGCCUCAGCCCUUGCAGAGCGGCGAGCAGCGAACUCCCGGGACGGGAACGGUGGGAUCGCACCUCUCUAGGACAAGAUGAAGCAGCUUUUCCUUCUCUUCCUCCUCGGGCUCAUCACCAGGUCCUUGCAGAUCGAAGACAACAAGAUCCCUGGGCUGUGCUCGGGGCAGCCGGGCAUCCCGGGGACCCCGGGCCUGCACGGGGGCCAGGGUUUGCCAGGCAGAGAUGGACGAGAUGGCCGGGAUGGAGCCAGGGGGAUGCCAGGGGAGAAGGGCGAGAUGGGCCCUCCUGGAGUGCCCGGUCCCCGCGGCGAGGUGGGCAGCCCCGGCGUGGACGGGCUGCACGGUGAGAAGGGAGCUCAGGGCGAGUGCGCCGUGGCUCCUCGCUCAGCCUUCAGCGCCAAGCGCUCCGAGUCCCGCAGCCCUCCCCUGGCCGACCAGCCCAUCCUCUUCGACGUGGUGCUCAUCAACGAGCAGGGCCACUACGACCCUGCCACGGGCAAGUUCACCUGCGAGGUGCCCGGCCUGUACUACUUCGCCGUGCACGCCACCGUGUACCGCACCAGCCUGCAGUUCGACAUCAUGAAGAACGGCCACUCCAUCGCCUCCUUCUUCCAGUACUACGGCAACUGGCCCAAGCCCACCUCGCUCUCGGGGGGCUCCCUGGUCCGCCUGGAGCCCGAGGAUGAGGUGUGGGUGCAGGUGGGCGUGGGGGACUACAUCGGCUUCUACGCCAGCGUCAAGACGGACAGCACCUUCACCGGCUUCCUCGUCUACUCCUACUGGCAAAACUCCGCCGUGUUCGCCUGAGCCCGCCCUGAGCUGUGGCUGGGGCCGGGCAGGUGCCCCAUCCCAGCCAGCAGCGUGGUGGGAGCCGG